AUGGCCUCAAACCGCGUACGCAGAAUAGCCAAAGAGCUUCAAGACAUCCAAAGCGACACUGAUUCUAAUAUCUUCUGUGAACCUGCAAGUGGUGCCGACCUUUCCCACUUGAGGGCUACCUUUCCUGGACCUCCCGAUACUCCUUACGAAGGCGGAACAUACAUUGUCGACGUCAAAAUUCCCAAUGAAUAUCCCUUCCGACCACCUGCCAUGUCAUUCACUACUAAGCUCUGGCAUCCAAAUGUCAGCAGUCAAACAGGUGCCAUCUGCCUCGAUACCAUUGGCUCAGCCUGGUCCCCGGUCCUUACCAUUAAAUCUGCCCUCCUCUCCCUGCAAUCCCUCCUCAGCACCCCCGAGCCCAAAGACCCGCAAGACGCAGAGGUAGCAUCCAUGCUAAUGAAUAACCCCGACCAAUUCCAACGCAUCGCACGCGAAUGGGCCAUCAAACACGCCGCAGCACCUAAGCAAACCAGCUGGGACAUCUCCUCGGCCCAAAGCCCUCCCCCCACACAGCCGAAAUCCGCGAAAGCGCUCUCCCGAGAAGAAGAGAUGAAGCGAUAUCAGGGUUACAACAAGGAACUCAUUGACCGGUUUGUCAAUAUGGGGUUUGAUAUUGAUCGUGUGGUUGAAGCGUUUGAGUUUGUGCAUAUUGAUAAGAACAAUGGCGAGGAUUAUGAGCUUGAGGAGGCAUAUAUGGGGGAUAUUACUGCGAGACUUUUGGGGGAGCCGUGA